UGGCUCCUCCCGCCUGACGUCCCCCGCCCCCACCUCCAGCUCUGGGAGCAGUUCUAGCCCCGCCCUUGUCUAUUUCUUCCCUAGGCCCCGCCCCCAAAGGUUCGAUCGAUAAACCUGAGGCCUGAGGCGGGGAGCCCACCCAGCAGUGAGGGCCCGGCCCAGUCAUGGCGGAGAAAGAGACCAGCAACAUCCAGUGCUCGGCGUCCAAGAGCAUCCGGCCCUUCCGCUCGAGCGAGGAGUACCUGGACGCCAUGAAGGAGGACCUGGCCGAGUGGCUGAACGCCCUGUACGGGCUGGCGGUACCCGGGGGCGGCGGGGGCUUCCUGGAGGCGCUGGAGAGCGGGGCGGUGCUGUGCCGCCACGCCAACAACGUCAACGGCAUCGCCAGGGACUUCGCGGCCGCCCACCCCGAGGCCGCCGGCCGCCUGCGGCUGCCCGCCAGGGAGGUGGUGUUCCAGGCCCAGGGGGUGGCCCCCGGCUCCUUCCUGGCGCGAGACAACGUGUCCAACUUCAUCGCGUGGUGCCGCGGCGAGCUGGGCAUCCCGGAGGUGCUGAUGUUCGAGACCGAAGACCUGGUCCUGCGCAAGAACGAGAAGAACUUCGUGCUGUGCCUGCUCGAGGUGGCCCGGCGGGGCUCCAAGUUCGGGGUGCUGGCCCCCAUGCUCAUCCAGCUGGAGGAGGAGAUCGAGGAGGAGCUGAGGGACCAGGCCCGGGAGCCGGGGCCGCCCGCCACCGCCGGGGACCGCGACAGGGACAGGCGGCCGGAGCCUGCCUCCGCGAUGGGGGCCUGCCCCAGCCGGGGGCCCAGGAUGACCCUGUGUGAUCUCCGCAACCUGGACGAGCUGGUCCGAGAGAUCCUGGGCCGCUGCACCUGCCCGGACCAGUUCCCCAUGAUCAAAGUGUCCGAGGGCAAGUACCGCGUCGGGGACUCGAGCGCCCUCAUCUUUGUCCGGGUCCUCCGGAGCCACGUGAUGGUGAGGGUGGGAGGAGGCUGGGACACCCUGGAGCACUACUUGGAUAAGCACGACCCGUGCCGCUGUGCCUCCGUCUCCCACCGGCUGCCCCAGCCCCGGGCCCUGCCCUUCUCCCCGCAGAAGGUGUCCCCGGUCCCCAGCCCGCGGGCCUCGAGCCCCGGAGCUCAGCGCUGGCCGGACGCGGGGGGCUCCGGCCCAGGAGGGGAGCGCCGCGGCUCUCGGACGGAGGGGCUCCCCGCCC